CUUGUAUGAAAUAAAAGUGGGGACCCAUCUACGAAGAGGAGAAUAUUCUAUUUAGUCUUUCAAACGCGUAGAUAAAAAAAAUCAACCAAAAUUAUAAACCACCAAAGUAUAUGUGGCUCUCAAGGCUUCACAUCACAUAUCACCCAUCUCCUGCCUUUUAACCUCCUUCAACCAAACUUUCCAUUCAGCAAUGGCGACUUCAUCCAUCACUGCAACUAAUUCCUUUUCUUCCUACUUCCAUGGAAGCUGGGGCAGCACCAUAGCCGGUGAAGAUUACUCCACCAUGCUCACAAAGACAACUAUGGUUAAAUUCCGAAAAAAUCCAUUAAGUUUUGGCCCAAUGAUGGGAAACGUGAAUGAAGGUAAAGGACUUUUUGCACCAUUAGUUGUCAUCACUCGUAACAUAGUCGGAAAGAAACGCUUCAAUCAGCUUAGAGGAAAAGCAAUUGCUCUACACUCACAGGGGCCGAUUCCAAGCAACGGCAAGGGCUAA